GGUGAGGUCGAGCACAGCAAAGCAAUUACACAGAGCUACUGAAAACAAACGGCUUGGUUAGCACUGCUGAAUCAUCGGAGAGAACAGGCUGGACACUCAUUGAAAUAAAGCGCUAGUGUGGGGCUAGAUCUGAAAACUGCGUGCCAGCAACUUCAACUUUAUUACAAGCGGGGCCGGCUGAACUGUAGUUAACAAGAAGAUUUCAGAAGUCAGGGAGCCUAGAAUAACGCGCACAACAUGAAGACAAUCUCAGCUAUCGUUUUAAUCGCCUUGCUGUCUGUCUGGACACAAGCAAGCAACAGCAUCCCAUUAUCAGAGACAGAAGACCAGGAUAGACAACAACAUCUUUCCAGUGUGACUGAUCAACAGACAGCUGUCAAUACAGAGGAGCACAGUCCACUGAAUUCCCUGCUGCUGCGGGAGAAAAGACAAAGCCACUUCCCAAUCUGCCUGUACUGCUGCAACUGCUGCAAGAACAAGGGCUGUGGCUACUGCUGUCGGACUUAGGAACCAGAGGCCUGGGUCACAUCCUCUUUCAAAUAACUAUUUAUUGUAUGCACAGUAAUUCCAGCCCCACUGAGACCAGACUUUCAACGCUCCCCUUUUAAAAUGAAAUGAGUUAGCAAUUGGAGCUGGGUGUCAAAAGCAAAUCACCGCUUUGUGUGUGAGUGGGCCCUAUAACUGAGAGUGGUGCUUGCAAAUUGAAUGCUGUCAUUGAAGCAAAUGGAAAUUGCAUUGAACUGCACUGGGAUGGGAUCUCUGAAGGAUGGGAAAAACCCUCCACGGGCCAAGCCAUAGACAAUUUAGAUAAUGUACAUGUCAACAUUGAUAAAGGCCAGUCCUGUUCUUCACUAUUCCUGCUUGUCCCCCAAGUCCACUCAAAGCCUAUCAUUCGUCUCAGGUCUCUUGUAAAUUGGUAUUUCUCAAUCAAAAAGGCUGCCUUUUUGAAACCCGCUUUUUAACUUGUCUUUUAAAAAAAAAAAAAAAAAAAAAAAAACCACUGUAAAUUGUUUGCUAUCAAAACUGCUUUUUUGUCUGUUUGUAUAUAAUUGUAUAAUGUGUUUUAAGGGUUCUGUUUUCUAUAACUAUGAAAUAAAAGAAGUUACUUAAAAGGAAA